AUGGCCGAUCCGUCAAAGGACACCGACGGCCCUGAUCCCUGGGACCCUGCAGCAUGGGAUCCCUCGACAAUCCCAGACUUCGCCAAUGAUUUCAUAGCAGAGGACGAUGUCCAAGAGUUCGCCAAAGCCCUCGCCGCUCCAGACCUUACCUCGCCCUCCGAAGACGAUCUCCUGAACCCUUCGAGUCAACCUCCCCAGUUCUUCACCGCCCUCAAUGACUGGGCCCCUGUCCGACAAAAGGUCAAAGGCCAAAAACAACAGAAAGAGAACAAGAAGAAGCGCCCUCCUCGUCGAGGCAAGGACGAAACAAGAGAAGGAUGGACGUACAACUUGCUCAAAUGGCCUCUACUCUUUGUCGUCUUGGGCUGGAUAACGGCUUUGGGCAUCUCAUACAUGUUCACCCGCCUGUACAUCUACCUCUAUGAACACUUCGUCACUUGGCGUGGAAAGCGUGAGCAAUUGCGUGCCAGUUUGCGCCACAAAUCAAAUUAUGAGGACUGGAUCAAGGCUGCCAAGGAGCUCGAUGGCUAUCUGGGUAGUGACAAGUGGAAGACUGCAGACGAGUACGCUUAUUACGACAGCAAGACCAUUCGUCGCGUCAAACACCGUCUGCAGUCCUUGAAAGCAAAGGUCAGAGAAGAAGCAAAUGACGCUCCCUCCAUGUCUCCUAUGUCUCCUGGUUCGCGUGCUGUCGACGAGCUGAGAGGCCUUGUGGAAGCUUGUGUCAAGAACAACUUUGCUGGCUUCGAAAACCCUCGCCUCUAUUCAGAAACAUACUUUGGAACCAAGAAUCUUGUGCAGGACUUCGUAGACGAAGCCUCGGAUUGUAUCAAGCUCUUGUUGGACUCCAACCAACUCGGACUGGAAGACAAACGUGCCAUGGUUAAGCACCUGAGCACCAAUUUCGGGCGCACUGCCCUUUGUCUGUCUGGCGGUGCGACCUUCGCAUAUUAUCAUUUCGGAAUUGCAAAAGCUCUCUUGGAUGCUGACCUCUUACCACCAAUCAUCACCGGCACUUCAGGAGGUGCUCUCGUUGCUGCUUUGCUCGGCACUCGUACAAAUGAAGAGCUCAAGUCGACGCUGGUUCCUGCUUUAGCUGCCCGAAUCACCGCUUGCAGGGAGCCCUUCUCAGUAUGGUCUCGGCGCUGGUACAAAACUGGUGCUCGCUUUGACUCUGUCGACUGGGCCAGACGAUGUUCUUGGUUCUGCCAUGGCUCUCUCACUUUCCUAGAGGCCUUCCAAAGGACAGGUCGCAUACUGAACGUAUCUUGUGUACCUUCGGAUCCACAUUCGCCAACCAUUCUUGCGAACUACUUGACAGCCCCUGAUUGUGUCGUCUGGUCUGCUGUCCUUGCGUCAGCUGCCGUUCCUGGUGUUCUCAAUCCAGUGGUACUCAUGAGGAAGAAGCGAGAUGGUACUCUAGAGCCCUACGCUUUUGGUCACAAGUGGAAGGAUGGGUCACUGCGUACUGACAUUCCGCUUAAGGCCCUCAACUUGCAUUUCAAUGUCAACUUCAGCAUUGUUUCGCAGGUAAAUCCUCACAUCAACCUCUUCUUCUUUUCCUCGCGCGGUAGUGUUGGUAGACCAGUGACACAUCGACGCGGUCGAGGCUGGAGAGGAGGCUUCCUUGGCUCUGCUCUCGAGCAGUAUCUCAAGUUGGACUUGACAAAGUGGCUCAAGGUUCUAAGGCAUUUGGAGCUACUUCCUCGGCCGAUGGGUCAAGACUGGAGUGAAGUGUGGCUCCAGCGUUUCUCUGGAACCAUCACUAUCUGGCCAAGAUCCAAGCCCUCGGAUUUCUGGCACAUCUUAGCUGAUCCAUCGAAAGAACGUCUGGCAGGAAUGAUUCAAAAUGGCCAGCAAGCCGCCUUUCCAAAACUCAAGUUCAUCUCUAAUCGCAUGAAGAUUGAGAAGAUUGUGGAAGACGCACGUCAAAGCAUGAGACCUAAUCCCAACGCUUUGCCUACCCCAUCAAUUGAGAAGAGCCAAAUGCGCAGUAUGCUGAGUAACGACGAUCUUGAAUCCAUUCUCGAUCAAGCAGGUUCAGAUAGUGACGAGCUCAAGCCUAGUCCAAUGCUGUCUUCAAGAGCGGACAGAUCACAAAGCGCCGAGAACUCCAGGAGGCUGUCUCCAAUGGGACCACGUUCCGAGGAGCGUAGAGCACCUUCUCCAUCAUUUGCUAGACGCUUUAGUGGCUGGUUUGCCAACAUGUCGCCGCGCUCUUCGAGCGACGCAGUGCGCCCGAAUAUGAGACAGCUACAGUUGCAGCGCGAAGAAUCACAGGACUUUGCCAGAAGAGGUAGCGUCAUUGAUGAGCUGACGCGUCAAGCCAGUGUGUUCUUCGCUGAGCCAGAGUCAGAGAGCGAGAAGGAGGACGAAAGAGAAGAUGUCGCUCCAUAUGGCGAGAACCAGAGAGAUUGGCGAGACUUUGGCGAAGGUGAUACCACGGCGAGCGAGGAUGAAGCUGAUGCGUUUGUCAAUGGAAGUCGGAAGGCCAAAACUAGUUAG